GAGGCAGGCGGAAACCAAUUUCGGUGCGUUGGAGUUUAGAUGCCUCUGGUCGGAUUGCUGACCAGCCCUUCUUGAUGGUGCCGCCGUUAUCAGACUCGGUGGCAGCGUCGUCGUUCCAGAUGCACGAGGUGUUCACCGGGUACAGGCAAUCCGGCGACCUCGCCUCCAAACGUCGCGUGCGCGAGGCGAUCAACGCCGCUCUCACCAGUCUGCCUGACUGGCCCCCACAGACAUACUAGCAACGGCUGGCGGAUGUCUUUUUUGCGGUGUCAAGUCAGUGUGUGUAUGUGUGUGUUACUUCCUUGCGGUCGGACCUGGGAUAGGCUGUUUUUGCUGUACUACAUUGCUGUAUCAUGACCGACAAUCAGUGUAACUUUGGGAUUUCUGGCGUGUUCGGGGGUGAAUUGCUCGUUGCUGGUGACGGAGAGCGACCCGCAAGAGUGAUCCUAGAUUGCACUGACGAUGUCGCCUGCUGACUUCAGUCAAUCUUACUGCAUUACUCGGCCAUCAUGCACCUUUACUAAGAGGAGGAAGAAGGCAUGCGCUAAAUCUCACAUCUCACUCAACACCUUUAUACGACACCAACGGAUACACAAGUUUGAGACGGCAGUUCGAUGGCAUCUACGCAUGAUCCUUUGAACUGCGGCUGAGGGAUUUCUUGCAUCACAAGCUCCUGCGCGGGCUCGCUCGUCGAGAACAACUGAGUAGAUCUCUGGGAUCGCAACAUCUGAGCGAAGAGACGGCGAGUAAAUUCCACUCGACUGCGAGCCAGUAGACAGCGAGCGAGCAGACAGAAGGUGGGCGGCGAGCAGUGAUGGAGC